UGAAAAUUUUUAAUUUCCGCUACUGCCUUUCAGAUUUUCCAGUGAAAGCCAAAAAGAAAAAGAAAAAUUAUCAGUCUCCCAAGAAUUCUAAUCAGAUGGGCUUUCAGAUUUUGAACAUUUCAUCGCUGGAGCAUCGGAACAAAGCUUGGGAUUCUGAUCAGCCGAUGGAAAGCAGGGGAACAAACAGAACAUGUACUGGAAGUCAUGGGUAUAAUGAGCUUGAUCAGCAGAAAAGGCCUACUUAUAUUAAUGUAAAUGUGGUAGAGGAAGCUAGAUUUGGAGUGGGCAGAAGUGGGCGUACAAAAGUUUGUGCCAGAGGCCACUGGAGACCAGCUGAAGAUGCCAAGCUCAAAGACCUUGUUGCCCAGUAUGGUCCUCAAAACUGGAACUUGAUUGCUGAAAAGCUUGAAGGAAGAGCAGGUAAAAGUUGCAGGCUGAGGUGGUUCAACCAGUUAGAUCCAAAGAUUAAUAAGAUGGCAUUCGGUGAGGAAGAAGAAGAAAGGCUUUUGGCUGUCCAUAGAAUGUACGGGAAUAAAUGGGCUAUGAUUGCUAGGCUGUUCCCCGGGAGGACUGAUAAUGCAGUUAAGAACCAUUGGCACGUAAUCAUGGCUAGGAAACACAGAGAGCAAUUCAGCGUUUGUAGGAGGAGAGAUAAAGCCUGCUCUUCCCGAGGAGUAAUACGGAACAGGAUUGGGUUUGAUGUGUGUCAUCAAAUGAGCAAAGCAUGCAGUGAAUCUACCAUCUCUAGCACUCUUGAUGAAUCUUCCUCAACGUGCACUAGUCUUUCCCUCUCAACCUCUUCUGCCAGACUGCCUGCUUUUUCCAGCUCAAGUUCUAUUCACCAGCACCAACCUUGUGGAUUCCAUAUAGGCCAAUUUGGAGAAAAGGUAGGGACAAUGAGCAAUGGGAGUUUGGGUAGUUUCUACAGCAUGGGUAAAAGUUGCAGUGGUCAUUUUGGGCCAGUGGAAAAUGCAAUGGAAUUUGAUCUGGACUUGGAUCAAUUUGAGCAUCCAAAGAUAGACUACUUCAGAGAAGCGCCUACGGAAACAGCUAACUUGGAGCUCAACAAUCACAUGUUUGGGAAAAAUGAAAAGGGAAAUGAGGAGAACAUCAACACGUCUUUCAUUGAUUUCCUUGGGGUGGGAACCACUUGAGGCAGUGGGUUUUAGGCUUUUGCUUUUGGGCCUAGACCACUCAUAUAACUAAGCAAAAGCCAUAACAAAAUGUGGGUUUUCCAUCUGAUUCUCUAAUCCAUGUACCGUUAUUUUAUCAGGGGGGAAAAAAAAUAGAUAGAUAGAUAGAUAGAUAGAGAUAGAGAAAGCUCUUCGUUUAUUAGUACUAAUUAUCAUUUCAAAUAAUUAGGCCCCAAAAUAAUUCUCAAGGGGUAGCUUG